AUGGCUAAAAUAGUGGCGGCUCCAAUAAAGAACAAACUUGGAGGAGGGGGUGAUGAGGAGAUUAGUGAGCCCCUAUUUGUUGCAUUUAUUCCCUGAGGCAGUACUAGUAUUCCUUCUAACUGAGGUAUGGUAUUAGCCGAAGGUAUUGCAAAGACAAAGCAUAAGCUCGAUCGCAAGUUAUCCAAGAGCAAGUGGCCCCCUGUCUUGCUCCUAUUACUGGGCUACUCCGCCUGGUUCACAAUAAACAACAUUCACUACCGCUACUCCCAAUCACAAAGUGCAACCCAGCUCCCGGGAAAGCACCACGAUAACAGCAACCACGGCCAUCCAAACAACGACUGCCCAUUCGAGCCUUGCUUAGGGAACGAUGGCCCUCCUCCUCACGAUAGUCGGCCAGUCCUCGGAUACUCAAACCUGGCACUGCCCGAGCAGGAGGUUAUCAUAACCAAGUCCAUUAGUAAUACCACCAUCGCCCAGUGGUCCUACUACUGUACGCAUGGUAAUCACCUCGCGGGGACGAACAAGUCCAUGGCGGAGUGGACGCGGGAUAAAUGGAUCGAGAAUGGGAUUCCGUCACAUUUGGUGGAGUAUGAAGUUUACCUGAAUUACCCACUUUCUCACUCGCUGAGCUUGAAAAUUGAGGGUGGGGAGAGGUUUGUGGCGGGAUUGGAGGAGGAUGUUCUCCCGGAGGAUCCGACGACUGGUGCGACGGAUAGGGUUCCAACCUUCCAUGGGUAUUCGAAGAGCGGGAGCGCCGAGGCGGAGUAUAUUUAUGUGGGGUGGGUGCUUCUCUUAUACAUAUCAUACUUGGGGGCGGCUAAGCGAUUAGGUGGCAGAAUGGGUGCAAAGAAGGAUUACCAGAGGUUGGUUGACCUCGGGGUCGAUCUGAAAGGGAAGAUCGCACUGGCAAAGUAUGGUGGAGCCUUCCGAGCCCUUAAGGUCAAGUAUGCCCAGGAACAGGGAAUGAUAGGAGUACUAAUCUACUCUGACCCCGGGGAUGAUGGAGAGAUCACAGAGGCAAACGGAUAUGCCGCAUAUCCCGCUGGCCCCGCAAGGAAUCCGUCUCCAGUGCAGCGCGGAUCCGUAAUGUUUCCAGCCACCAUGACAGGAGAUCCGGUUGGUCAUAAUCUUCUAACCCAUUACUCUAUGCAAUGUUGAGAAUGAACAGACAACUCCGGGAUACCCUUCUAAACCCGGUGUCAAAAGAGGUGACCCAUCCGGGUUCAUCCCCUCAAUCCCGUCAUUGCCAUUAUCCUUUAAAGACGCUCUCCCAUUCCUUCGAGCUCUUGACGGCUACGGUUUGACUGCAGAGGAGGUGGACAGGCCUGACUGGAUAGGAGGCCUCAACGUCUCUUACUCCGUUGGUCCAAGACCUGGAGCUGUUAUUAGCCUUGAGAAUGAGGUGGAUUAUGCUUACACUCCUAUAUGGAACACUAUUGGCAUUAUUAAUGGCACCAUCGAGGAUGAGGUUAUUGUUAUUGGGAAUCAUAGAGAUUCUUGGACUGUUGGUAUGUUAUAAUAAUUUAUUUCAACACCCAGUUACAUUCUCACCUAUCCAGGCGGGGCCUCGGACCCCGGUUCUGGAACAGCAGUGUUGGUGGAGCUAUCUAAGGCGUUUGGCGAACUCUUGAAACUUGGAUGGAAGCCUAAACGUACCAUGCAAGUUUCCCCUCACCCUUUCCCACGGGUCACUAGCUAAGCGAAAUAGCGUGUUGGCAUCAUGGGACGCCGAAGAAUACGGAAUGAUCGGCUCAACAGAAUGGGUUGAAGAAUUCGUGAAAUGGGCUAUACCGAAUGUAGUUGCGUAUGUCAAUGUUGAUGUCGCUGUUUCCGGGCCACACUUUCGCCUUAUUGCUGUACCCGAGCUCUGGGAUUUGGUCGAGGACACAAUCAAAGAAGUCCCGUCUCCGAAAAUGCCAGGAAAAAUUAUCUAUGAUGAAUGGACUACAGAUGGGAGUGAAGCUAGUGGUACACCACCCCCAAAUCCAAAAUAUAAAGGCAUCGCCUAACACCAUCUCAAGUUCCCGGCACAGGCACCGACUUUGCGGCCUUUAUUCACACUUCCGGAGUUGCCGUUGUAAGCCCCCUCCUCCCUGCUUUCCAUAAAAAAAAAUGCCCCAUUAAAGUUACCCAGAUCUACUUCGGCUUCAAAAAUGGUCCUAAGGACCCGGUAUACCAUUACCACUCUAACUACGAUAGCUACACUUCGAUGACCACCUGGGGCGACCCGUACUUCACAUACCACUCCACAAUGGCACAAAUCGCCGGUAAGACUGUCCUGCGAAUAUCCGAGAACGUCCUCCUUCCCUACAACAUCACCACCUUCUCCACAGCCCUACAAUCCAUGCUCUCAGACCUGAAAGAGGAGAUUGCGACCGCAGAAAUAGCACUAGAUGUGUCACCGCUGGAAGCCGCAAUUAGUAGGUUUGCCGUUGCUGCCGGGGACCUCAUGGCAAUAAAGGAGGCGCUGAAACCAGGCGAGUGGAGUGGCGCGCAGGAGACCACUGUGAACGAGAGGUUAGGGAAGUUUGAAAGGGGGUUUAUUAGCAACGGGUUGCCGGGGAGGGUGUUUUAUAAGCACCGUAGGUUUUUCCCUCUCCUCCAGAGGGGGGAUCGGUCAGAACAGGAAACUGAUGGGUAACUUAGUGAUUUACGCACCUGGGCUGGAAACGGGGUAUGCACCGACCACGCUCCCAGGGAUCACAGAGGCAGUCAGAGUGGGUAAUCUGGAGGAGGCUGCAAAGUAUGUGGGAAUUACUGCAGCAGCGAUUAAUACGGCUUCGAGGUUCUUGGAGGGAUGAGGUUUGUUCCAGGACAAAAAUGGGAAUAUGAAUUUUCAUCAGCUUUCCUUUUAUUCCAGUGAUAAUGCGUGUCUUUAUGGGUGCUACAGGAAUGGGAACGGUCAUGGUUUCUCACUCGGGGCGAUUGGGGUUGCGGGAAUUUUUACGGAAUCGGGAGCACUCAUUGACUUGGAGUGAGAAAAUCAUUGGUGUGAAACAAUUAGGUUUUGAAAAUCUUACCAGCAAGUGGAGAGUGC